AUCAAUCUCGCUACCUAUCUAAACGAAAUCACAAAAAACCCCUAAAAUACCAUUUGUCCCCGGUCUCCAUAUCACUAACAAGGUAAAGUUGGCUUUUUUAUUAAUCAAAAUCAAAAGGUUUUCUUCAUCUUGAAGUGGGUCCUAUUGCACGUAGACGGUGGAUGAUUGGCCUUCCCUCUGUUAGUCAUCUCCAAAACAUUAUUUGAAACUAAACUAAAAGCCAACAAACUUUGUGUAUCACUUGUUUCUUUUCUCCAUAGCCGAUUGGUACGUUCGGUUUGAGUUAUAGAGAGAAUCUAAGAAGAAAAAUAGGGAGUGAAAAUGCCAGGAAUAAGAGGACCUUCUGAUUAUUCAUUAGAACCGCCACGUCAUCCUUGUCUUCAGAUCAACUCCAAGGAGCCCUUCAAUGCUGAGCCACCACGGUCAGCUUUAGUUUCCUCUUAUGUGACUCCAGUGGAUUUGUUUUACAAGAGAAAUCAUGGACCAAUCCCGGUAGUUGAUGAUAUAGAAAGAUAUUUUGUUGAUAUAUGUGGUUUAAUUGAAACUCCCAAAAAGCUGUAUAUGAGAGAUAUCAGGGCGCUGCCAAAAUACAAUGUCACUGCAACUUUACAGUGUGCGGGUAAUAGGAGGACUGCCAUGAGCAAAACCAGAAAAGUGAGAGGAGUUGGCUGGGACGUUUCUGCUAUAGGGAACGCUGUCUGGGGUGGCGCCAAAUUGGCUGAUAUUCUUGAACUCAUUGGGAUACCAAAGUUGGCAAGUAGCACUGAGUCCAGUGGAAAACAUGUGGAAUUUGUGAGCAUCGAUAAGUGUAAGGAGGAGAAUGGAGGCCCAUACAAGGCAUCAAUUCCACUUAUUCAAGCCACAAAUCCUGAAGCAGAUGUUUUACUUGCUUAUGAGAUGAAUGGAGAGACUCUUAACAGGGAUCAUGGUUAUCCGUUGAGAGUAAUUGUGCCAGGUGUUAUAGGCGCUCGUUCUGUCAAGUGGCUGGAUUCUAUAAAUAUAAUAGCACAAGAAUGCCAGGGCUUCUUCAUGCAAAAGGACUACAAGAUGUUUCCACCGUCCGUGGAUUGGGAUAACAUCAAUUGGUCUACCAGAAGGCCCCAAAUGGAUUUCCCUGUUCAGUCAGUGAUUUGUUCUUUGGAAGAUGUGCAAUCAAUAAAACCCGGAAAGGUAACAAUUAGUGGAUAUGCAGCAUCAGGAGGUGGCCGUGGAAUCGAACGAGUAGAUGUAUCUAUUGACAGUGGCAAAACCUGGGUAGAAGCCUCCAGAUUUCAGAAGACUGGUAUCCCCUACAUAGCAGAUCACAUAAGCAGUGACAAAUGGGCAUGGGUGCUUUUUGAGGUUACAGUUGAUAUCCCAAAAAGUACUGAGAUUGUUGCCAAAGCGGUGGAUUCAGCUGCAAAUGUCCAACCUGAAAAGGUGCAAGAUAUUUGGAAUCUGAGAGGGAUUCUAAACACUUCAUGGCACCGAGUUCAUGUUCUAGUGGGCCACUCAAAUAUGUAAAUGGAAUCAAAUGAACGGUUAAAUAGCCUGGUUAGCAUCCUGAAAUAUGUGGCUGACUUUCUUUAUCAUGAAUUUUGUGCAAAAAUAGUAUUGUCUGGCUUUAAUAACACUGUUUUAGAAUGCACACGCAUGCGUGUUUGGAACCACCAUGUCACGUGUAGUUACUUUCCUUCAAAACAAUAGUCUUACAAGCCAUGGUUCUU